AUGGUGAAGAACACCGCCUUCUUUCUUUCUAAACAACAGUCACUGGAUCCGCGUGCUCACUUCUACCUUGGCAAUGUUGGAGGUGACCCACUUGAGAUCCUCUUUGGUUGCACGUGUAUGAUUGGGGGGCACAACUCUGCAUGCUCUUAUGCUCAAGCUAUCGAUUGUCUUGGUGCUGCUAAGGACAUUGAUGGUGUUUUUAAAUGCCAUCCAGAGCUUGACCCAGAGAUUUGGAAGGGUGAUAUUGUUACUGGCCAAUGUGACCUUCCAUUGGUGUGGUGCAAUGGUUGCGAUUCUGCACUUUCCAUCCUGAUCACAUCACAACUGGAUCUGGUUCAUUAUUCCUUCAAUGACCAUUUCAACAACCCUGAUGUUGACAUGUUGCGUCCAUUCGGACAGAAUAAAUACUUCAGCAUCACGACAGAAGAGGAACUCGAAGACCCAAGCCACGUACCACCAGAACUUCCACCUGUCAUGCGCUCACCACCCUCACAACAUUUGGAGACCAUCCUGUCAAAUGAGGAUGGUGAUAUGAUUCAGCUAGAUGAGCCUGACACAUAUGAAGAAGAAGACGAGAUCAUGCUGACAUUUCAAGAGGUGCUGAUCAACAAGUCUCCUGCUGAUGCUCCUUCUCAGUCUUCCAGUGAACCCCCUCCUGCAGACGCACUUUCACUGCCAUUGCCGCAUGGCCCUGGGAUAUGCCCAUAUGACUAUCUAUUAUAUGGUGGGCGCUGGAUCCACAAGCAGACUGUAUGUUGGCUUGUAAUCAACAAAGACUUUGUUUCAAAGUCUCUCAAUCGACUCGAACAUGUACGGGAAGGCUAUAUGAAGAACUUAUUUCUUGUUGGGGAUAUUUUUCUUACCAUCCUUUGCUCUGGCCAUAACCUUUCCAUUGGAGUCCUUCACUCUACAUCAGCAACCCUUAAUGGUAUAUCUCGCGCAUCUAUCAAUGCCACCAUCAUGAAAUCUUUGCACUCUACUGCGAAGAUCACAGGACAACUCCUGAGUGUCAUUCCAACUGACCCUUCAUCUGAUGCUGCUCAGAUGUUCUUGUGGGAUGGGGGAUACAUCACUGCUCAAUCAGUUAUCCAAGGAACAUCUGACUCUACAGCGUGUGUCAUCAUUGUCUCUGUUCCUGGCGCUCUCAUGGAAUCUGUAAAUCCUGAACCGACCUUCCUUCGUCUAUGUGAGGGCAUCAAUAGCGAUGCGUUUUCUCAAGUCAACAGUGGCCAAAGCACUUGGCAGAUCCCUCAAGACGCCUUGCAACCUGCCUGUGAUCUCAUCUGGGCAAAGGCUGUUGAAAUGAAGCUAUCACUCAAGUCUAUUGCGUCAGUUACACCAUUAGACAUGAAGUCUUUCCCUUAUCAGUUCUCCAACGGGACUGUUGCGGUUUUUUCAGUUGAAGCAAACAGCCUGUUAGCAGCAUCGAAGGGAAAGCGUGUGGUGAUGUGUCUGCUGUGCAAAGCUAAAGCGCUGGACAUGCGCUGUCAUAUGGGUCAACACAUCCUUCACGCAUUGUGCAAUACACCUGAAGUCAUUGAUAUGAAAGAACAGGUUGGAGAGACAUAUCUGUGUGGAUUCUGUGGGUGUUCAGGACAGUCCAAGUGCACCAUCACAAUCACAGUUACUGCAAGCAGCGCACCUACCUGGACGACACAACACACAUAUCAGCACACCUUCAAAUAUGGAGCCAUCGACAAUGGAUCGAAAAACAAGCCUUGCUGA